AUAAGAUCAUGUGAAACACUACAUCUUUGUGUAGCAGAUUUAAUACUUGGAAAGAGAGAAUAAUUCACUUGCAGCUUUAGAUGUGAAAAGAAAUAAAUAAUUGGAAUGGAGACGAACAAGACGUUUUGGCUGCGGGUCUUCUUUCUAAAUAUACUCGUGACGUGUUCUCGUUGUGAUCAAUGGCCAUCUCCUACAGCCAUAAGAAGAAAUGAAUCAGACAUUCUUCAAACAGUGCUCAGUCUUUUGCAACAACAUGUUAAAGACCAAGAUGUAAAAAUGAAAAGCUUUGAGGAAGAACUUUCUGCUAUAAAGAAAAUGUUAUCACAAUGUGAUGUAAGGACAUUUUCUUCAAAGACGACAAUACCAAUGGAAAACUACGCUCUACAAUACCAACGACAGGAGGCAACGGAACCUUUCCAAUAAUGACUACUACAACAAUGAAGACAAAAAUCCAAACAACAUCAAGUACCAAGGUUAAAACAUCUACAGGUAGCAGAGGGACCAAGUUCCUGAUAUUAUUCAUGCGCAAUUACAAACCCACAGGAGACUUAACGAUUUAUAUCACAACAGACAAAGAAACAGAGGUCGAGAUAAGAAGUUCUCAGAACCUCAAUGCAAACAUUAAAUCAUCAGUUGACAGGACAAUAAAUAUUGCUUCUAGUUCCAUGGUCACUCUUCCUCAUGAUCUGACUUGUGGAUAUAUGGAGAUUGAACCCAAAGGGCUUAUCUUACAGACAUCAGAACUAUCAACGGUUACUAUAUUUGACAGCCUUUUUCAUGAUACAAACGAUGAGACACUGAUAAUUCCAACGAAUAAGCUUUCCACCAAAUAUAUUGUGUCUUCAACUGAGCCAUGGGAUACACAGUGGGAUUUUAGUCAGUUUGCCUUUGGAGCUCUGUAUGACGAAACCACCGUAAAUGUUUUCUUUAAAAUGAAUGAUAACUCUCGAGUUAAUCUUUUUGGAAGAACGUAUGGAAAUGGUGAUGUUUUCUCAAUAAAUUUACAAAGACUUGAAACAUUUCAAAUUCGUCAUACCACAGAUCUUAGUGGAACAUUUAUCACCUCUACAAAAGGGAUACCAGUAUUUUCUGGGAAUCGAUGUCAGAAAUUAGAUUCGCGGGCUGGGUGCGAUCAUAUGUUAACACAGUUGCCACCGACCAAUGAAUUAGAUUAUCAGUAUAUAGUUCCUCCGUUUUAUAACAAUGCUAGGACAUUGAUUCAGGUUAUAAGUGAAAAUAUGACUUUUGUUAAACAUAGCACUGGUAACAAGCUGUCAAGGUUUCGUUUGAAUCGAAAGGAAUUUAAGAACCUGACAGUGGCUUCAAACGAAACAACGGUUUUAGUUUCCGAAAAACCGAUUUUAGUUACUGGUUUUGCAAUGGGAUCCCAUACAUAUGAUUGUUACAUGACAGUCAUACCCGGUGUUAAUCAAUUUGUCGACUACUACAAGAUCACUAUACCUGAUGGAUACAAGGAAAACUUUAUUUCAGUGAUCCUUCCAAUAAAAUCCACGAAUUACCUGCGAAUAAACGGCAUCACUGCUGAUAACUUUACUCGAGUGUAUCAGAAUUAUGCACUCCUGAAGACAACGUUCAACAUUCGUACCUUUGAAGUUCAAAAGGGCACUUACAUUGUAACAACAACUGAUGAUUCAAAAUUUGCUCUAAUUGUCUAUGGUCAUCGCUCUAAUGAUGGCUACGGAUUUGCAGGCAACUUUGUUCUUCCUUAAACCUUCCUGACAAAUAUCUUAUUGCAAUUGC